GAUUGACAAAUCGCGACAUUUUUACCUCAAUAGUGAAGAACUCACUAGUAAACAAGUGGAUUAGGACUGAAAAUAAACACUGAAAUAAACAGAUGUUUAACAUGUUGUAGCAAAUAGCAAAUAAAAUGGCUGAUAGUAGCUAUAGUGAUAUUAGCUUUGAGAAAAAAGAUGAAAACCUGAUGAAAGUAGAGACUGUAAGUCCUACUCACAAUAACAGAUUUUCUUUCUCACGGACAAGUAGUACAGGCUCCAUACCACAAGGUUGUAUGUCAUCAGCAUCGUCUGCUCAUAAUACAGAUGAUGAAGACAGUGAUACAACAAAACAAACAAUGACAUAUAAAGAUCGUCGACGUGAAGCACACACUCAUGCAGAACAGAAAAGGAGAGAUGCCAUUAAGAAAGGAUAUGAAGAACUACAGAAUAUUGUUCCUACAUGUCAGAAUACAGACAGUGUUGGUUCUCAGAAACUCAGUAAAGCAACAGUUCUUCAAAGAUCCAUUGAUUACAUACAGUAUUUGGUAUCACAGAAGAAAAAGCAAGAAGAUGAUUUGGACAAUCUGAGGAAAGAGGUCAUGGCUUUAAAGAUUAUGAAAGCGAACUAUGAGCAUAUAGUUAAAACUCACCAGAAUCAGCCAACUCAUGGACAAAAUCAAGUUUCUGAUGAGGCAAAGUUUCAAGUUUUCCAGCAAAUUAUGGAUACUUUGUUCCAGUCGUUCCAUGCCAAUGUGUCAGUAUCAAACUUUGCUGAGUUGUCAGCAUGUGUGUUCCAAUGGUUGGAGGAGUAUUGUAAACCACAGUCUUUGCGUGAUGUGACAGUAGCUAUUCUAAGACAGCUGAAUCAGUAAACAGGAUGUGAUUGUGACAGCCAUGAGUCUGGAAGUGAUAGUGACAAUGAUAAUACAGAUAGUAUUGUGAAUAAUCACAGUUUACUUACAUCAAACAUUUAUUGUUGAUUUUAUUAUGCACAAUACGCAUAUUUUACAUAUAGAACUAAUAUACAAUGUUUUAUAUUAAAAUUAACAGAUGUUUAUGCUAUUUGCAUUGCAAUACUUGUUAUGAUUUUGUUUGAAAGAUUUUAAUCAAAUAUUAUAUAUAAAGAUGACCUUGAAAUGAAGUAUUCAUAAAAUGAAUUUUCAAUAUUGUAAUUAAAUAAUGAUAAAUGUGAUAUUUUGGUUUUAAAGUUUGAUCCUGUUACUUUAUACAAAUUUGACCUCCUUUUCACUUGGUAUUGCAUUAUUUUUUUUAUUUUCUUAGUUCACAUUCAACUUAUGCAUAAAUGUCAUUUAUUAGGUUUUACAUUAAAGUCUUGAUUAAGUAAGGAUCAACAAAUGAUAGAGGAAUGAUUUUUUCCCAAUGUUAAUGCAUCACUUUUAGUGACCAAUUUCCAUAUGAUAAGCUAUUACUCUUUCUCUGUUUCUUUCUUUCAUUCUAAUUCUAUCUUUUCUAAUUACCAGUAGUUGAUUUAUGUUAGUCAUUUAUUGUGGGUCUCAUUGGGGUCUAAGUGUGAUGCAGGAUUUCUAUUUUGAGGGAGCGUGACAUGUGAAAAUCAAAUUAUUGUGCUAUGAAAACGGGAAAUGAAGUCUAGUGGGACACAGGAAAUUACAAAAAAUGAGAAUUGCUUACGUACAUAGUAUAAGUGGGAUAUGGGAAUCUGACAAAACUGUAAGCAAGAUCUGUGAUCAGAACCCCCAAUGAGACCCCCUUUAUACAGAAAGCAUUUUAAUAGAUAUUAUAUGAAGGUGUUAAUGUUGAUACCUUCAUGACUCAUAAUGGUAUAAAUUUUUGCCAAAUGAUGAUGGCAAUAAUUUUUGGUGUAUGACGAUAAAAUGUACACAUUCUUUUAGAUGAUAAAAAAUUGGCUGAUUUUGACCUAUCAUGUUAUGAUGAUAACAAUAACAUUGAAUAAUUAUUAUUUGAGACCUUUGACGAAUCAAGAUAAGGAUAAUUUGACCAAUUACUGUAAAAUUUUACCUAGUUUGACACUAAGGGUAGCCAAAAAUGACUGUUUGACGGUAAAGGGUAUUCAUACCUAUAUUAUAUUGAUUGAUUCAAAUAUUUUGAUUUGCUUACACAUUUUCCACAUUGGAGACAUUUUGUACUUUGUGCAUCUAAUGAUGAUACUGCAUAUACAUGUAUAGCUAUACAGAUUAUGCUAAAGCUGUUUAUAAACUUGGAUUAAGUUUGAAUUGGUUAGAUAUUAAUCAUAGUAAAGUUUUACUUUACAUUCCUUUAUCGGUUGGCUUUUUUAGUAAAUUUUAGUAAGAUGCAAUGGAUAUUCAAGAGAUAUAGCAACAUUUUGCCUUGAAAGUGAAUAUUGUUGCAUUUGUUUUUAUUUUGAAUGAUUAUUUUUUUGCUAAAUUUGUUUUGGUUAAAAUAUAGGAGAUAGUUGUCUACAUCUCUGUAAUAGAUGCUUUUUAUAAAAAGAAGACCCUCAUCUGUUUUGUAAAUUGCAGAUAAUGCCCUAGUGUUUAAAAUAUAUAGAUCCUUGAUUGGCAGCUUGAAAAUCCUUAAAACAAUCACUGUAGCAGAGAGAAAAUUUAUCACAAUAAUUUUGUAUUUAAUAAAUAUUCAUAUUGGAAUUUUUGCAAUUCAGAAUAUUUGUACAGAGAAAAAUGUUUAAAGUGAAGUAGAAAAUGGUAUAAAUAAUAUUUCAAUAUGUAUACUAUAAGGUUUAGAGUAAAAAAUUGUUUCAGAAGUUCUUGAAGGUUAAUUCUAUCAGUAGCAUUAAUAUUAUCAUCAAAAAAGGUAUCAUAAAUUAUAGAGAAAUCCAAUUAUUUUUAUUUUGGUGGUGUUUUUUUUUAAUCAUUAAUUGUUAAUGAAGACAUGACAUGUUUUCAGUACCACUUGUAAAAGGAGGAUAAAUUAAAAUAUAUAUUGGUAAAAAACUUUGAUUUAAAUGAUCAGUUUAAUUGACUCUGGUAUAUAUGAAUAAUUGUAUAUAUUUAAAAUCAUGUUUUAUUAAAGAGAAUAUACCAUCAGA